UUUCAGGCAGAACUGAGGCCAGACUGGAGGCAGUACGUGAUGCCUUCAGGCAUGCUUGGAAAGGCUACAAGGACUACGCCUGGGGUCACGAUGAGCUCAAGCCCAUCUCCAGGACUUUUGGGGAGUGGUUCGGACUGGGUUUGACAAUCAUCGAUUCUUUGGACACCAUGUGGAUUCUGGGCCUCAGAGAAGAGUUUGCAGAAGCGAGGGACUGGAUAGAGAAAGAGCUCUCCUUCGACAAGAACGUGGACGUGAAUCUUUUUGAGACGACCAUCCGGGUCCUUGGGGGCCUGCUGAGCACCUACAAUCUGACAGGAGACCAGCUCUUCCUCGACAAAGCUAAAGACAUCGGGGCGAGAUUGAUGCCUGCCUUCAAAACCCCCUCAAAGAUCCCGUUCUCAGACGUGAACAUCGGGAAGGGGACAGCCCACCCACCCCGAUGGACGUCAGACAGCACGCUGGCCGAGGUCACCAGCAUUCAGCUGGAGUUCAGAGAGCUGAGCCGCCUCACACAGGACCCUCAGUACCAGGAGGUUGUGAAUGAGGUGAUGAAGCUGGUCCACAAGCUGCCAGGCAAACACGACGGCCUGGUUCCCAUGUUCAUCAACACCAACAGUGGCCAGUUCACCCACAAAGGGGUCUUCACUCUGGGGGCCAGGGCAGACAGCUACUAUGAAUACCUGCUCAAACAGUGGAUCCAGGGAGGCAAGAUGGAAGACGACCUGCUGGAGGACUACCUUCAGGCCGUGGAGGGAGUGAAGAAACACCUUGUGAGACAGACGGGGUCCGGCAGACUGACUUUUGUUGGAGAGUUGUCCCAUACCCGCUUCAACCCUAAAAUGGACCACCUCGUGUGCUUCCUGCCAGGCACCUUAGCACUGGGGGCCCACAACGGGCUCCCGGGGGACCACAUGGACCUGGCUGUGCAGCUGAUGGAGACGUGUCAUCAGAUGUACAAACAGAUGGAGACUGGGCUGAGUCCAGAGAUCGCUCACUUCAACCUGCAGGCCUCCGAUGGCCUGGAUAUCUUCGUCAAGCCUGCAGACAGACACAACCUGCUGAGACCAGAAACAGUGGAGAGUCUGUUCUACAUGUACCGGUUCACCAAGGACACCAAGUACAGAGACUGGGGAUGGAACAUACUGGAAAGCUUCAACAACCACACUAAGGUCCCCGGUGGUGGCUACACGUCCAUCAACAACGUACGUGACAUCGAGAACCCCGCGCCCCGAGACAAGAUGGAGAGCUUCUUCCUGGGUGAGACCCUGAAGUACUUCUAUCUGCUCUUCUCUGACGACAUGGAGCUUCUCAAUCUGGACAAGUAUGUCUUUAACACGGAGGCCCACGCUUUCCCCAUCUGGCCCUCCCCCCCCAAGUGAUGUCAUCGUACAGGAGCAGUCUGUAGACAUCAGGUAAAAAGAAUCCUGUAGGCGUCACUGCUGAUUGGUCAGGGCUGGACUGUAGUGCUGAGCAGACCUGCGUCCACCUGCACUAAAACAUGUGGAGGAGAUACUGAGUUUUAUUUUCCUUAUUUCUUAACUUUUCCUAAGGAAAAUGUCUGUGAGCUGGUCUCUAAUGUAAAGCGUUUUGUUUUUGUAUCUGCUCCGACCUACUGGCUCCAACAGGUCAUGGGCAAGAAGAUGAUGGGGAGCUUUCCUACUGGGGUGACUGGGACCGUUCUGUAUGUGUAUACACUGUAUAUGUGGGUUGUAAAACCACCGCCUCAUCCCUGUCUUUUUGUUAGUCCUACCGUCAGACAUGGUGGCUGUGAAGGAAUUCACAAAUGACUUAAGGUGCAGUAACCAAUAAUGGAAAUCUGUGGAGUAUGUUUGCUAAAAUUAUGUUUAAAUGGAUUCCUCUCGGAAAGGAGUAGCAGAUCAUUUCUAAAGGUCUUUACUUUGGCAACACCGAGUGCACUUGCUUAUUGCAAAAAUUACAUAAAAUGAGUUUUACAUUGUAAUACUUUGAGACGUAUGUCCCCUUUGUCUUGCCGUCCUGAGUGUCUAUGAGCAGCUACAGCGCAGUGUCCGCGGGCCAAUAUACGUUCUGAGAGCAAAGGCAGCACUGUGUUCCUAAUGCCCGACAUGCACACUUUCCUUUAUUAAAGACGUUAUGAAGCAUUGCUAACUUGCUAUAAAUCAGUCCAUCCAAUUAUUGUAAAACAACACUUUUGUUGUUUGGGUAUGAAUGUUAUUCAAACCUGUCUUUUUUUUGAUGGUUUUCUGAUUCUUUUAGCUUUCAGUUUUUUCGGUUUUUCAGGCUUUCUAUGUAGUGCAUUGCACUCAUUAAUUAGUUAAAGGCACUCUUAGGUAUUUUUCCACCUAUUCCCUAUUUUCAUGCUUUAGUGUCCAAGUGACUGAUGCGGAAAAAAACCUUUCUGAAAUUGGUCUAGUAUAGAGAGAGAGAGAGAGAGAGAGAGAGAGAGAGAGAGAGAGCGCUACCUUACACAAACAAGUGCUUUCAGUGGACCAAUAGGAUCACAGUGCAGCAUCUCGCUUAAUACUGGACCAAUUUAAAACAUCCUACUGCACAGUCACACUUCCUUGUGUUUUUUAAAUGCAAAGUUGGUUAAUUACUGAUGUUUUAUUUUGUGUGUCAGUGACAGAGAAGUCAAUGUGUUUAAGGACCUAAAGGUGUGAUGCUGAAAGUAUCCUGAACAGAGGUCCAUUGAAAUAAUGAUUCUGAAUUGGAAUUCUACACAUAAUGACAUGUUGUUUUAUUAAUGAAUGUAUGCAUUGUUAUUUAAGUGUUACAUUUGUUCAUAGGUAAAUGAAACUCUAGCUCUACAGAUAUGGGCUGCGUCCUGGUUUUGAAUACUUCAUUAUUCACACUUAUAUGAAGGGGGAUACAUGAAAGCUUCCAUACAGUCUUACAUUUGCAGUUUUUUAUGAAGUUACAGUAUAUGGGAGAAACCGACUUACAUAAACAUUUCCUGUGUCAGGGACAUUAUGUCCACAGCCCUUCACACAAAUGACUUGUUUAAGAAAUGAAGUGUUUCGAAUUGUUUUCUUCAUACUUCAAGGAGUUUGAUUCACGCUGUGUAGCAACCCCUGACUUCCGUCAAAUGUGAUGUAAGAGCAGCGCUUGUUUUCUAUUCUGUGACAUUGAAAAUCAAUUUGAAGGACAUAACAGGUGAACUGUAGGAGCUGCUUUGAAGAUGGCUCAACCCACACCAUUGAAAGGGUCUUUGUCUCUGAAACUUUUUCUGUGGUUUCAAAUGGUGAAGAAGACGUCCGUCCAUGGAGCUCCUUCUGUCCGACAGACAGCCAUACCCACAACAUUGAAUGUGCACUCCAUUUGCCAACGCUCUACUGUGCCUAUUUCAAUGUGUAUUGUGCUACAGUGGUGUGUCCUUUUCUUGCUGCUGUAUCAGUGGAGUGAAUUUGUGAAGUGCCAUGGGUGCUCCUGGUUUGUGUUUUUCAUUUGAAUGGGUGGUCGACUAAACAUUAUGGCUGUAAAUACUUUCUGUUGUUUCUAACGUGUGAACUGAAUCCAACCUUGUCAUUUUAUGUCCUCAUGUCAAAACAAUCUGUAAGUUGUUUUUUCUUUCUGCGCUUUUUGUUUAAUGAGGGUUAACUAUAUGGCGAGAGACUGUCUGAUCUUUGAAGUAUUUGUUUUUCUUAUUUGUUGCUCGCCAGGGAAAAGGGUAAAUACUAUUUUGGAAAUGUGUAUACUUUUAAAAAUCUUACUUGAUGUGAGAAGAACAUCUCUACUACAAAUAUUAGAAGAGUAUACCAUGGUUUAAUAAACCAAUGUUAUUGAGAGAUUUACUAUUAUUACAUGCAUUAAUGUGUUUUCUAUUCACCCUGAGUGUGACCACUUUCAAACCAGACCGAACCGGAUAGGACGAGUUACGGUGCUGUAACUGUCAUGAGGCCCUGUAACUGUCAUGAGGCCCUGUAACUGUCAUGAGGCCCUGUAACUGUCAUGAUGAGGCCCUGUAACUGUCAUGAUGAGGCCCUGUAACUGUCAUGAUGAGGCCCUGUAACUGUCAUGAUGAGGCCCUGUGACUGUCAUGAGGCCCUGUGACUCUCAUGAUGAGGCCCUGUAACUGUCAUGAUGAGGCCCUGUAACUCUCAUGAUGAGGCCCUGUGACUGUCAUGAGGCCCUGUGACUGUCAUGAGGCCCUGUAACUGUCAUGAGGCCCUGUAUCAUCUAAUGUAGUGUAAAUGGAUUUUGUUACUUUAAGGAGGAAAAUCUAAAAGUGGCUGGAGGCGUUGUGAGUAAAUACUAAAGUCACACACGUGGGUGAACAAGCCAAACUCAAACACUCUUUGGAAAUCAGCCAUACCUCUUAAACCAAUUUCAAUUUGGUGAGAGUGUUGAAUUCUCAAUAGCAUUUUACAAAAAGAUAAUCUGCCAGAAGCCUUUUUUACUUAUUAUGGCGGUAUUCCAAUAUUUCUUAUUGCCCACAAAGAAAAAAUGAUGUUGGUCAGACUCUUAAUACUCUGACUUCUUCAACCCGUUUGAGGGAAUGUACCCCAAGACCCUUUGUUCCUACUGAAGAUAUUCAUCUUCAAAAACAUAACACAAAAUAUGUCGUCAACUAUUAUUUUUAAAGGCUUAGGAAUUCCCUAUAACAGCUUGACACUAGUUUCUAUCAAACCUUACUCAAACAGGAGAACAUCAUAUUUGUUGGGCUCUAUUUACAGUGUAAGAUUAAUACACAUGUUCUCUAUUUGUGUAUUUUGUAUAUGUGAGAUCAACUCAAGAUGAACCACAGUGUGUGUUUGAUGGUAAUGAAGGAACCCAGUGCAAAAGUGUGGCUCACUGAUGUCAUGUUAAAUGUUUUUGGACAACCACAGCUUCGUUUUUUUGCUUGAUCUGAAUUUGUUUUUUUUUAAUGUUUAUGAAAAUGAAGGAAGGAAGAUUGUUAAACCUGAGAGUUGUUGUAUAUCCUGAAUCCACGAGGGAUCUAGAAUCUGUGGAGUCAGAACGCAGAAAGGAUCAGAUAAAAAGCUGCUUUACUAUGAAAUGAAAAAGGCAGUGACUUUCAGAGUUUUCACUUUGUUAAAUGCUCUGCUCUCUGUAUACGAUUGCCUCUCUUUUCAUUAGCACAAAUCCGCCUUUACGACAGAUAUUCAUGAUUACUAUUUUGUGUUACGAGGCUGAUUGUAACGGAAAAGAUAAAAGACGUGAAAUGGCUCACUUAGCUCCACAGAGAGCUCCCACAGAAGCUAUUUCAUUCACUUUGCUUUCCAUUUCAAGUUCUGAUUAUUAUUGCACGGAUGGUUCUUUCACUUUACGGAAAUUGGGCUGUCUAGAACCUUUUUAAUAUAUAAAAGUGGUACAUUGAUUCUUGAAGUUGUAUUAGAAUUUCAAAGGUUUUGUGAAACACAAGGAUGUACUUUUGGUAAGAAGCUUUUAGUUUUUCCUAUCUUAAAUAAGCUUAUUGGCUAAAUCUGACAAAUGAUGUAAUUAUGACUGAAUCCAAGCCAUAGCAACAUGACAACUCUACUCUUCUACAGGAUGUGGGUGAAAGAACCGCAGCAUUGUGAAUCCGUUUUAGACACAGGGGCCAAAGACAUGGAUAAUAUAAUUGUUGCUGGUUCAAUACCCUCAUUGAGCCAUGCUAAAGAUAAAAGCCUUCUCUGCAUGAUGACAGAUCCAGUUUGUUGGCCUGCAAGUUGAUAACUCAUCUGCUUUGGAGACAUGCUGACACGCCUGUAUUCAUUUUCAUUUAAGUGGUUAUUUUAUUGGGUUAUUUUCUUUUCAGAGCGGAUACAGUUUGGCAGUUUCUCAUGAUGAUGCACUUUUCAUAGUUCUUGUCUUUUAUCUGUCCUAUAUACAAAUCCAUGUUCACUGUACAGAUGUCGAUGGAGCACUUUGUAACUCAAGUUGUGGCUUAUUGCAAAGUUCACCAAAUGCAAACUGUCCUCCUGGUUACACCAUUUUUGAAUAAAGAUUUUCAACGAAG